AUGAAUUUUGCGCAACCCUUUGAUAGUUUUACUACUACGGGUGGUGGUGGUAGUGGUGGUGGUGGAUCAGGUGGAAAUUUAUUUGAAUACAACACAUGUUUCAAAAUUAAAACAAUAAAUGAAAAAAAUGUGUCAGUGAUAUAUAUAAGAUUUUGUUAUAAUAUACAAUUAGUACCACACAAUGGUCAAAAUGAAGUUAAAAAUUUAUUACAAUUAAUAUUUUUCAACGCUCAAACUCAUAAUGUUAUCUUUGAAAUAACAUAA